AUGGGUGCUGUGGAUAGCGUGGAGGAUGUGCCCAAGGCCGUCAAGAUGAAGGCUGGCGAGGCCGUCUUCUCCAACGUCAACGGGCCAUUGCAGAAGUUGUUGAACUGGCUUGGUGCUGUGGAUGGCGUGGAGGAUGCGCCCAAGGCCUUCAAGAUGAAGGGCGCAAAGGGCCAUGUUAAGCGAUCAUAUAUGGCGACAGGCGAUACCGCCUUCUUCAACGUCAACGGGCCAUUGCAGAAGUUGUUGAACUGGCUGGGUGCCAAGGAACGCGUGGGCAUCCUGGCUGUGCAGAUAUACCAUCUGUCGGAUAUCUCGUAG